GUUGGGCAAAUGACCGCCCUUUUCGACUCCGCCGGGUAUAGCGAGGCUGGGGUUUGGAGAAGAAGACUUUGGGCGAUGGCUCUCUUGAAACUACUGCCGUCAGCCAACAGCGGGGUCAUCAAGAACCUCGAUCAGAUUGUUAACAUCUGCGUGGACGUGCUGACGGAAGAGAGGGAAGAUGGAGGAAAGAGACUCAAGGAGAGCCUUGCUCAACCACCCGUAGGGGAACCGGACAGCGCAUCUGCCUCCGAACCAAAUCUCCUACAGUCGAGGCUCCUGGAGGCGUUACAAGCCGACGUUGCCGUAACAACGGACUUAAAGGGUCUGGUCAGAGCGAGCAUGGAUGCUUUGCGGGCGACGCUUGGGGACCAGGGUUGGCAGGUAGCGGUUGAAACGGUCGAACCGGUGGUUUUGAGAGAACUACAGCGAAUGGUGGCGUAGCCUAUACCGUAUUGAAGAACC